AUGCUUCCAGCGAAUGACGCGUCAGCCGUCAUGGGACUUUUUGCACAAGUUCUGAAGCUGAGUCAAGUACUACAGAGAGUCAUUAUAACAAUGAACCGAGUGGUGGAAGCCAGCGCAUUGCUGUUUUACAGGUCGUUCUUACGACCGGCGAUGAAAAUGUUUACAUUAUUUUGUUAUUCACCGGCCCAAAUCAUUACCAAGAAUGUGCUUCGUAUUCUCUUUCUGCCCACAAACCUGUUGCUUAUGCUAAUUUAUGGUGCAUCUCUUGACGACCUGCGCCAUGUCAACAUCCAUUUGGCGGCUGUUACAGGCACCCUUUGCAUUCAGUACUUCAUCACACUCUUAGUCGUUGGAAUUCUCACAGGAGUUUACUGUGGAGCCACGCUAGGGUUUGUGCACAAGCACAUCAGAAUUCCUGACAAAUAUAUCGAGUUUCCUCAAAAUAUCUACAAUAGACUGUUUCCUUCCUUCGGAACUCAUAAGGAGACACUGCAGCCUCCACCAUUCGAAUAUCCUUCUGCAAGCUCACAGAGGUCUUCAAUUUCGAUUUCGGUCCCCACUGAUGGAUUAGGUCGGAAACAACCCCGUUCUUCCCGUGGGAGCGUCUCACAUGCGGUGUCAAAACUGCCCCAUGAUUUCUUUCAACCAAAGACUCCUAAGAAACCCGAAUCUCGUCGCAUGAACGGGCUCGCAAAAUUUUCUCCAGUUAGCAUGGAUGCUGGCAGUCCAGGUGAUAUAAACUCGCUAACGUCAAGCAUAUGGGACGAGCGUGGUAACGCUGUCGAAACACUGAAGACCGAUGUAAGUGGAAAAAUAUAUCAAGACGAAAAGGGUUUUGCCUCCGGACGAGAUCAAACCAGCUACAUCAACUUGCGAGCAUUGCGAACGGCAGUACGAGAUCAAAAUUAA